AUGUUUAAAUCAUCAAAUAUCAUUUUCACCAUAACCAUUAUUCUUUUAUUGUCUAGUGUUGCUCAUGCUGCAAUUACUAGUGUAGUACAAGAUGGACUAAAACUAACGAUAAAUUAUUCACCAAUGACAAUGAUUUGGUUUGAUAAUCAGUUGGUAAAUAAUGGAUUACAGACUAAUAUCAAGUCAUAUUGCAAGGCAAUGUAUGGAUGGUCUCCAUUGGUUUGCAACUUACCUGUAGUUCCAACUUGUGAUAGUAUCCGUCUCUAUGGUUCAGCUGGGGUUGGUGCCACUAACCUUGAAAUGUUAUCCACUUUUAAUUGUACUGUCGUUGCUUAA